AGUAUACAUAAUUCACGAUUACCAAAAAAGUCGCAACCCGAAUUAUAAGCUCUCCUGGGGUAUGCUUGACCCGCGCCACGCAGUUUGAAGACGCCUGCCUUAGUCUAACAUGUAAUUUAUAACAUUAAAAUUCCCUUAAACACAUAAUUGACACAUUUUGGACCGUGGAUUGCCCAAAUUAUCCAGUACAAAUCAACCAAAAUCCUAAAUUUGUCAAUCUGUCAAGCUUAAUUAACUUUCACCGAGAGCAACGCACCAAUCAUGGCGACACGGCUUCAAAGUAAGUCUAUUAUUUUAAUCCUCCACCAGAGACUGACGACCAAGACCUUGGAUCAACGUCAACGACUCUCCAUCACAAGGAUCAUCCCAGUUUUUGGGCAACAGGAUUAACAGUCGGCCAAUAUAUUGGGCGAAAAUCCUCGGUGGAAUGAUUACUUUUUUCGUGUUUCCUUUCAUCUUCACGUGCUGUUCUCUUGUCUUGCUUCUUGUAGUUCCGAGCGAGAUUUCCGAACCGUUGCCAAGAAGGAUGACAGGUUGACCUAGUUUGCAUAUUUCUUUUGCCAGAUUCGUGUUACGAAUCAGACGGCAAUAGCAAUUGGAAAUAAUUACUUCCGGCUGUUGGCGUGAAGUGACUACGGUGUAAUACCGGCGUAAAUUGAUGGGUCAUAUUUAAUUUCAUGGUUCUGCUUUAAUGUUCAACAGUAUUUCUUCUUUUUAUUUUCCUCUGUUUUUCUUCACCAAAAAAGCGAGAAGGAAGAACUUCCUCGCACAUGGCAUAUCAAAUUGGAGUGGCGAGGAUCAGUAGCCUACAGCUAAACCAAUUCAUUAUUCAGGUCAGUUUGCUUGAACUGCUGCCCACAUAGUGCAGGAUCCUUCUGCGAAUUGCCAUAGAGCUACACAAAUCUCAGCUACCCUGUGUCCAUGAGUUUGCCACUAAUUUUGUGGUUCACCACGGGAAGGUAAAACCGUUGAGCUGGAACGGCAAACCUCAGAGCGAAAGCUAACACAGCCACCCAAAUGGUGGCUGCCAUGAACUUGUCGGUCGGUGCGUGGGUAACGUUUACCAAUAAACGCCACUAACUUUUGUCAGUCAACAUAGGACUUGUUGAGCUAAUUACGAUGGCAAAAUAGACUUUACGUCGAACGGUACGCUUUACAGUAUACCUAGCAUCAUCUUCCCACUCUAACGGUUGGACAUCGUCGGAGUAGAUACCAAAGCUGCGUCACAAUUUCAUCACAAUCGUUGAAGGUUUGCCUGAAAUUGCUCUGGAAACUGAGGCUAACGAAUGACAGCAAUCAACAACGUUGUAAGAAGAACAUUUUGUACCAAUAUGUGAAGGCUUAUCGUGUUGCGCUGGGUGUCUCUCGAUCGGGCUGAGCACAUUUUAUGCGUAUCCAGCAAAAAAUGUGCCCUGCGAUGACUGCGCUGUCUCGUUAGGAGACGCACGUUGCCUUGAAGUGCUUUGUGAUCUUUUGUAUGACUUCCGAUGAACGCGAUCAACAUUCCGUGCAUGUAGCUAUUUAAUUUGCUACAAACAGUUGGGGUAGAAUUUGUGAUAAUAUUACUAGAUCAGGAAAGAAUCUGUAUUAUACUUACUUAGUUCAGAAAUUCAAAUAUUGUAUAUCAUUUUGUAUACCUCAUUCCCCAAAACAAUACCUUUCUUUCGAAUGUUCAUGUUUGGAAGACAGCAUCCCCAACACACGCUCGAGCACGUACGACCGUGCGGCAGACACAGGAAACUCAUGUUACACUUCAAGAUAUCGCUCAAGAGCUCGUUCCAAAAUGCGACAGAGACAACGAGAGUUUUACCGAAACGAUCGCAACAAUCGGAGGAAUAGCAUGAGCAUUCCUCCAAGAUAACAUACCGCAUGACUAAAUCGCGAAAGACUCGCGACAACACCAGGCCCACGGUGAUUGGUCGAAUAGGCAAACAGUGCGCGUUGGCGAAAUCGUCGCGCACUGGCCUAGGCUAGCGAAAGAUUAGUUCAGUCUUUAGACGUGGCUGCUACUGAUCAGAUCAAAGUUCUUCUCAAAUCAACGCAGAUCAUUUUCAUUUACAUAUAAAUUAUAGUGUUUUAAACGUGUUGCGGUCCGCCUCAUUCAAUCAAUUUGCUGCCUGUGCUUUGUUAAGAGUUCCUUAGCUUCGCUGUCACGUCAGAUUGGCGAGUAUCCCUAUACGUUCGAGAAAUUUGGGUGAAUUGCAUGUAGCCGGUUCGUUGGUUGUAGCAAACAAUAGUGUCUUAAAAGAUCUCCUCUUCAGCCUUCUACAACCUUUCUGAAACCUUUCUAUCGAUCGUUUUGUGUUUGUUUGUUUCGUAAAUUGACUUGACUCGUGAGCAGCUGUGCAACAACCAUCAUGACUCAAAGUUCUGACAUCAUUUGCGAUGCAUGCCAAAAACCUGAGGAUUAUAACACUUCAAUAGUGUAUCAUUGCGGCCAUUUCAUCCACUACAAAUGCCUUGUACUGGACAAACGUUGCCCGUUCUGUCUCGACGAGAUCUUUUUGAGCAGUGCGACGUAUGAGGACGCGAGUGCGUACGCGGUCUGGGAUGCGGAGUGCCCCGGUGCACAGCUAUCCUUAGUGCGGAAAGAAAUGCGCGCGUUGAAGCUGUACGAGAUGAAGCUGAUCGGAAUAAUGGGGACAUUAAUCGAGAACUUAGAUUUCUUAUUGGCAGUGGCAGCGGCAAAGGAGCUGGCAGCUACAGAUGAGCUUUACAAGAAGUAUAAGCUGCUUGAAGCUGAGCUGAUGGCUGCUGCUCCGGAACCGGAACCGGUGGCAUUAUUUUUGUAAGUGCACAAGCGUACACAAGUGAGAAAGAAUUUGAACUACGUUCGAAUUAAUAAAAGAAAACCAAACAAAAAGGUAUGAAAAAUCAGGCUUUUGAUUCUUGCGUUAGAUACUGGGGAUCGUCCUCGGCGUUGAGAAAAUGAUCGGAAAAUAUAACUGUUACUGGCGGAGUUAGAAUCUCAGCAUUACUCCAUCAUCUCUUUCGUUCGGUUGAUUUGAACCCCAAUAUCCUUCAAAGGUUACCGUUUAGACCAUUUUGCAGAAACAGGUCUAAUCGAAGGAGAUUUUACACAAUGAUAGCGUUCAGUUUAAGCAUGUUUAAAUGGCCUUUUAUAGCCAUUUUAUCGCUCUAUACAGCAAUAUGCAUUCAAAAGCACAAUUCAAACAACCCACCCAGCACCCAGCCACUGGCGGGAAGGGAUGGGACUUUUUGUGUGGAAUUGAUUUUACGGCCGUGUGGUUUCGGUUAUGGAAAUUUGUGGCCUCCGCUACUAAACGCAAGACAAAAACCUUCUCCCCUUUCCAUCGUGAUGAUUUUUAUUGUCUUACUCGUUACUUUAUGGUUGACUUUUUGCUUUGCAGCAUCCCCAGUGUGCCCCGGGAAAGACGAUCAAGAACCAAACCGGGCUCUCCCCAAAAUGUAUGCGUACGAAUCCUUCCGAGCGGGCGUUACCAUCUUCCAAAAGGCGGCAAUCUUGUGGCACUUGGUAUCAGGUGAUGGAAUCGCACUUUCUUCGCACAAAAAAACCCUCCGACACACACACACAGCUAGUCACAAACUCUGCUAAAACACAAGAGUUAUGGACCAUCUUUUUUGCGUGUGUGUGCGCACAUAAAAUACUCGUAAAUAAUUUCUCCCCUCCAAGGCGAGACACCCCGUUCGGUGGAAUGGGUUGGAAGGUUUUUGCUUACUUUUAUCCGCGAAGGCGUUUUCUUUGGUGCGCAGCGUCCGACCCAUGUGCCAUGGGUUCGGCGCUGCUAAUAUUUUGAGCACCACACCGUGGAAUGGUCGCAAAGGGACGCACCCUUUCUGCGUUGCUGCGUUGUCCCACUGUGCUUGGCGGCGAAGUUCAUCCGUCGAGUUGCAGAUGAUGAGAUUUUAUAGUUUUAUGAUACUUCUUGCACUUUGCGUUAAAUUAUUAGCGCGAAACUAGUUUUUAUGGUGCGUGCUGAAGUUCCACCGGGAGAAGGGGGCCAUAGUUACUCGAAGGAUUAUCACUUGAAGCACGGGCACGGGUGUGUAUCGUUAAGUUAAGCUUUGUUCUAUUUUAUCACUCAAAACGUGCCAUCGUGCAUGGCAACGAAGAGACCUUUGCCGUGGUAGGACCGUGUGUCGAUUAUUCACAUUCGAAAACACUUUAAUAUAGGCCGGCAGAACUUAACCGAUCGUUCGCUGCGCUCCACAUACUUUUAACUUGCAUGCAUAUGCUUAUUUUUAUGACACACUCCCCAAGAAUUCUUAUACAAAAAAGGAAGCAAAACUUGCCAUUCCGGAACAAGGAGCGCAUUUCAUUUCGUCGUUACCAACACCACUGGCACGAACAGACAGGGCGGGUAUAAAAUUUCAUAAUUAUCGUAAAUUUUCGCCCCACUUUUUCCUGGUGGCGCUGGGUUUAUGUUUCCCGUUCCUGAUGAUACACGGGCUACAUGUGUACACGUUUAUGAGACGUGGCAUGCGGGCACCGGGUCUGGGUUAGGCAUGGGAAGGACACAAUAAUCGAUGGUGCUUUCGUGGCAGUCUUUAAAGAGUGUUGUUCGUAGCCUUGAACCUGUUUACCACCAGUACCAGUAUAAGAGGGGGAGAGAGAUUAUUUGUCCCGUUCUCCUUGCCACGCAGAAGAUGCAAAUGUCAUUUGCAAAGAGAAAGUCGGAAAAUAACACUGACAGUGUGUUAUAGGCAAUUGUGCUUUUAUGUUCUUAAACGCAAGAUAAUGUAAAAUAAUUGUAUUUAGAUUACUGUCGAGUACGAGUUCCAGUUUAAUUGUAGGAAAGCUUCCACCACUUUCUAGGGAUGAAGUCUGCCUUUUGAUGCAGAAGAGCAUUAAACGAUUUCUUGUACUCUUUUUUUCUAGAACAUGAAUCCAGCAACGGCCUUACGAGAAUAUCAGAGAUAAUCAUUUCAGCUCAAGCACUACAACCAAAAGGAACGGAGUGUAGUAUCGAAACGGAAAGAAUAGACACAGGGUUGACUACGGAGAGGAGAGAGGAUGAAGAGGGAAUGCAAAAAACAGGGACU